GAAGCGCCUAUGGAAAAUGAAUUUGGUGGGCUGCCUUGAAACUCUGGUAGAACUGAUUCCUAAGAAAGAUACAUCUGAAGCCCAUGCAGAGUGCUUGGUUCCCAGCCAGCCCAUGCUGGAAACAGUGGCUCUGAAGGUAUUGGGAGGCUGCAAGCUCAUACUGCGUCUCUUGGACUGUUGCAGUAAAACUUUUCUCUUGUCCAUUAAACAUCUCUGCUCGAAGGAAUUCAUACUUCUGAACACGGUGGCUUUGGGGCUGUUGAGCCGGCUAUGGAUUCAGUACAGGUGUGUAUUGCAGACCCUCAUGUCCUUGUAUGACGUCUUGUCAACAACACUUCAGCUGGUAUCUGAGACCCAACAGAUGCCUUAUAUCAAGGGGUUUACCUUCCCUUCCGAUAUCAGUAACUUCCUUGGAAUUAACCUAUCUUCUGAGGUGAAGAAGCAAAAGGCUAAAAUGCUUACAACAAAAAAAUCUACCAGCUGGCUGAAGAAGCUCUUCCCAACAAUGGCAGAGGCAGUAUCAGAGGUUGGAAAAAAGAGAAAUUUUGUAACCUGUACAACUGAUGUGACAAACCAUAGCAUCCCACGCCCCAUGGAUAUUGGAGAGACAGUUCUGGUGCCCAGAGCCAGCAGAGGGAAGCACCUUGGGAUUGAUGUGAAGAGCUUGCUUAAGCCAUCCAGACAUCCAGCACAAGAGGGUAUAAACAUAGCAAUCAACACCUUUUAAAGCAAAGUUGGCACCACCUUCCUCUCGUGUAGCAAAGUCACAGCAUACUGAAUCUCUUGUACAGAUGGUCCAAACAGCUGCAUCGUUU